AUGCCGAACAAAAUUGAGCCCGUUGCUCAUCAAGAGAAUACAGAAGCUGUGGUGAUAACCCAACCGCCCGAAUCUUGGACAGCAGAGCCGGUCCAAAUCGACACCUCAAAUUUGUACGUCCUUUACAGCCCGACUCCAGAGCCUCAUGUCCCGGUCUUGCCAGGAGUGAGGGCAAUUGAAAGCGAAAUAACAGCUGUGGAAAAUGACAUUCAAAAAACUGCACAAGAAAUUGAAGAAUUUAGACAAGAAACACCGGCGAAUAAGUGCUGUAUUUGCUGCAACUGCUGCUGCUUGGUCUGCGUGACAAAAUGCGCAGAAGCCAUUUUGGACAAAAUUUGCGAAAGAAUCUGCGAAAGAAUUUGUGAAUGCUUGUGUCGAGCCAUCUGUAAUCGCUAG